CUAUGGUCAUUUUGAGGCGCAAAGUGGUCGUAAUCCAACCAAGGCUGGAUGGGGAAAUGGAGGUCAUCCAGAAUACGAUAUUAACAUUAACGGUGUACACGCUUCCUUAUCACUCAGAGAUCAAUUACCAGAUUCGUUGAGCCACAUGCACUCUGCCGUCAACUGCAAGCAGAGAGCGUGGUGCCCGGCAUCGCCGGGGUGAGGUAUGAUCGAGAUACGAGCAAUGCCUCGACGGCCCUUGUACGGUGAUACUUCAAGAUAUUGUCACUAGGUGAUAGUGAGACAUUGAAGUGUAAGUGAAUUUGAUGAGUUCGGCGGCAAAGUGGGUCUGGGACAGAUUAGUUGGCGGUGACAUACAGAUAUAAACAUGUCUGCACUGGUAAGAGCGUUCGUCUUGUCCAAGCCCUACCUUCUUUCAGGACAAGUUUUCAGCGAAAAUGAGAAUUCUCUUCCUCUGUACAGCUCACAACUCGCUCUCGCAGCGUCUUUACCUUGCCUUGUCACCGUCUCAUGAUGUUACCAUCGAACUUGCCAUAUCCGAAGAUGUCAUGAUCACUGCUGCUGAGCUUGCUCGACCUGAUGUCGUCAUUUGUCCUUUCCUCACAGCGCGAGUACCGAAAGUCAUCUAUGACAAUUACACUACGCUCAUUGUGCAUCCGGGGCCUCCUGGAGAUGUUGGACCCAGUGCAUUGGAUUGGGUUCUGUUGGGCGACGAUGGUAGCAUCGAAAACGCGACAGAGCUACUCAAAAUACUCGAUAAUAGCCCACCUCGGCCGGGACGCACACAUUGGGGUGUCACGGUGUUGCAAGCUAUCGAAGAGUUUGACGCUGGUCCUGUGUGGGCCUUCGAGCAAUUUCCUCUUGACAUCGAUGAACGAGGCCUCACUAAGUCUAGCUUAUACCGAGGACCAGUUUCUAGGGCGGCGAUCUCCUCUGUUUUGGUGGCUGUUUCACGGAUCCAGGAGACAGCACGAGUCUCAGCCGAAGGCCGUCCCUGUGUCUUUCACAAAGCUUCCCCAGAUUUCAGGCAUUUGUCAAUCGAGAACCGUCUACCGUUUCAGGGUGGGAGGUUGUUCCACAGGCCACUGCUGAAGGCAGCACAGCGUAACUUCGAUGUAACCAGGCACACAGCACAACAAAUCUCACGACGUAUCAGAUGUGGCGACUCACAGCCUGGUGCUCUCAGUAACCUGUUCGGUCUUGGCUUGUACCUAUACGGCGGUCUUGUCGAUGAGACACCAGGUGGACCCAAUUCAGGAGUUAUGCCUGCCGCCUCACCUGGUACUAUAGUUGGCAUUCGCAACGACGCUCUAUGCAUCACUACAUGCGAUGGGAAGGGCGUGUGGAUCUCACAUAUUCGCAGGGUCAAGAAGUCAUCUGAUGUUGCCCUUUGGCCCAAAAUUCCAGCAGUGUCUGGGCUCCUCGAGCUCGGACUCCUUGACAUCUAUGAGAUCGAAAAUUUAUACUGGUCCGCACCGCCUGACUGGUCUAGAUCGCCAUUUGCUACGAUGCAGGAUGUCUGGGUAGAAUUAUCGACGUAUAAUGACUCGUGCUUGGUAGCAUAUCUGCACUGGGAGUUCUAUAACGGAGCUAUGUCGUCAUCUCAGUGUUCGCGUCUCGUCGAAGCUAUGGACUACAUUCUGAGCACUUCUACACCAAAGAGGCCAAUCCAUGCUGUCGUGCUCAUGGGUGGAUCCUAUUUCAGCAAUGGUAUAGAUUUAAAUGUCAUAGAGGCUAGCCAAAGUCCUGCUGAGGAAAGCUGGAUUAACAUCAAUCGUAUCGACGAUGUUGUCCAGUACCUGCUACUGGAGUUCCCUCGACGGAAUGUCUUGACCAUCGGGGCUCUGCGAGGUAACGCCGCCGCCGGUGGUGUCGCCUUAGCUGCAGCUUGCGACGUGGUUAUUGCCGGCUCCGAGAUCGUGUUGAGCCCAGCAUAUCGAGGCGUUGGGCUGUAUGGCUCAGAAUACCAUACGAUUUCGUACCCAGGGCGCUGUGGCGCACACAAAGCUAAAGAGAUUCUGCAGUCUAUGACUCCAAUGAGCCCAUUUGAAGCGCGUUGUGUUGGUCUUGUGGAUCAUGUUCUGAUUGGCAGUGGCUUUGUCUUGGACGAGAAGAUACGUACUCACGUACCAUUCCUCUUGAAGUCUGUUUUGUCUGGACAUGGGUUUUGGAAGUCUACGCAAGAUCUCAGUGCAAUGGCUCUUUCCAAAGCACGCACACUAGAGCUUUGCGAAAUGUCCAAGGAUUUCUUCAGCGCCCGAUCCGUGCGUUACCAUAGCCGCAGAUUCAACUUCGUCAGGAAGGUGAAGAAUCACCACACACCGCUUCGCUUUGCACGACAUCGCCGCUUAAACAGCAGAUGUCUCGACGAGGAGGAAAAGGACUCGUUCGACGAUGUUCGGUACUAUCAACGUCAAACCGAGUAUGACUUGGUGACCAGGCUCGAGGCUGAAUUGCAAAACCGGGAAGUGGAUUCAAGCCAGAGCAAGGUAGAAAUCUUGAAGAAGGCUGCCGAGCCACUCUUCUCAUGCUACUACAAAGCGGUUGAUGAAGUUUUCACUCCGCCACGAUCGCCUUCAGCAUCACACGAGGAGACGGCGAAGAAUGAGGUGCCCAUUUGA